CGUCUCGGCCGUCUCACUCCGGGUGUUGAGGACAGCAGACCAGCAGCUCCGGUCUUUCAGCCACUGCUGCUGAGCAGGCUUGAGUUUGGCAAGGUCACCAUACUACAGCAUGACAAAUUUGGCCGCUUAUAUUUAGCUGUGUACACGACGCCCGUGGAUUAUGCCUUGGGUCUCUCGGGUUUCGUCUUCAAGUGACUGGUGGGAGUGAGUGCUUGUGAGGCGGGCGACUUGUAGCAGCUCCUCAGGUGUUUUGAAGAAACAGCUGUGUUUUUGUUUGUUUCUAAUUUAUUAGUCAGCCACUGAGGCAAGUGGUCCGAGGGCAUCAUGGAUGCCCUGGCGCUAGAGGCGAAGGGCAACAAGUCUGAUGCCCCAGCUUCUUCUGCCCCUGCCAAAAGACCAAAGCAACCGAAAAAAGCUAAAAGAAUCGUUUACUUUGAGUUGGAAAUAUUGCACGCAAAGACAAGGGAAAAACUUCUCCUCCUGGACAAGGUGGAGCCCACUGCAACCAUUCUGGAUAUUAAGUCCAUGUUCCACAAAUCAAAUCCACAGUGGUAUCCUGCUAGACAGUCGUUAUGCUUAGAUCCAAAGGGGAGGUCGCUCAAGGAUGAAGACGUCCUUCAGACCCUUCCCGUCGGAACUACGGCCACGUUCUACUUCAGGGACCUUGGGGCUCAGCUCAGCUGGGGAACAGUGUUUCUGGCAGAGUGUGUUGGACCCCUUAUCAUCUACCUGAUGUUCUACUUCAGGCUCCCCUUCAUCUAUGCUCCUAGAUAUGACUUCACCACCCCUAAACAAUGGGUUGUACACCUCGCCUGCAUAUGCCACUCCUUCCACUAUAUCAAACGGAUCCUGGAGACCAUGUUUGUGCACCGGUUCUCCACCGGCACGAUGCCCCUCCGCAACAUAUUCAAGAAUUGCUCCUAUUACUGGUUCUUUGCAGCAUGGAUGGCAUACUACAUUAACCAUCCUCUGUACACUCCACCAAUGUAUGGGGAGCAACAAAUAAAGACUGCUCUUAUGAUAUUUCUGUUCUGUCAGUUAGGAAACUUCUCCAUCCAUAUUACCUUACGCAACCUCAAGCAACCUGGUUCAAAGGUGAAGAAGAUCCCUUAUCCAUCUAAGAAUCCUUUCACAUGGAUCUUCUGGGUGGUUUCCUGUCCGAAUUACACUUACGAGUGUGGCUCCUGGGUGGGCUUCACCGUGAUGACCCAGUGUGUGCCCGUGGCCUUCUUCACCAUCGUGGGCUUCAUCCAGAUGGCGAUAUGGGCACGGGGCAAGCACCGCAGCUACCUGAAGGAGUUCCCGCACUACCCCACCCUCCGCUCCUCCAUCCUGCCCUUCAUCCUCUAGUGCCCGCCAGACAACCUGACGGACGCUGGGGACUCAGCAGUCCUGAGAAGGAGAGAGAGAGAGAGUGAAAGAAGGAGAGAGAGAGAAAGAGAGAGAGAGAAGGGUGGGUCGUAUCACCAUCAACUCUCCAUCUGCUCAUGUCCGCAGAUGUUUUACCACAGCAUCUAGUGACCAGUUUUAGACUCUGAGCAAUGAAUUGCUCUUGAUGGACGUUGAAGUCGAAUACUAGACGAGGAAAGUGAUUAAUGAAUUAAGGGCCGUUCACAUCAAGAACGAUUACUAUAACGAUAACUAUAACCACCACUAAACCAACGCUAAACAAGUCUCUCCUCGUGUUAAUGAAUGUGAUGGCUAAAAUGUGACGGGUUCUGAUUGGCUGUUAACUUUUUAUCGUUCUCAAAAUUGCUCUGAAAGUGACCCCCAAUGAUAUUGUUCUUCAUGUUGUUAUCGUUGUAGUUUGUGCAUCAUUCAUAUCACAAGAACAAUAUUUGUUUAGUUAUCGUUUUUGAUGUGAACGGCCCUUUACGCUGCCUGUGUCAAAUAAAUCCAUUUGUAGUCUGAAA